CGCCGCGCGCUGAUUGGUCGCUGGAAACCCAUUUAUUCCCUGACAGCCCCCGUCACAUGGAUGGUUGUCUAUUAACUUGUUCAAAAAAGUAUCAGGAGUUGUCAAGGCAGAGAAGAGAGUGUUUGCAAAAGGGGGAAAGUAGUUUGCUGCCUCUUUAAGACUAGGACUGAGAGAAAGAAGAGGAGAGAGAAAGAAAGGGAGCGAAGUUUGAGCCCCAGGCUUAAGCCUUUCCAAAAAAAUAAUAACAAUCAUCGGCGGCGGCAGGAUCGGCCAGAGGAGGAGGGAAGCGCUCUUUUUGAUCCUGAUUCCAGUUUGCCUCUCUUUUUUCCCCCAAAUUAUUAUUCGUCUGAUUUUCCUCGCGGAGCCCCGCGCUCCAGACGACACCCCCGCCCGCCUCCCCUCCUCCUCUCCCCCCCGCCCGCGGGCCCCCCAAAGUCCCAGCCGGGCCGAGGGUCGGCGGCCGCCGGCGGGCAGGGCCCGCGCACAGCGCCCGCAUGUACAACAUGAUGGAGACGGAGCUGAAGCCGCCGGGCCCGCAGCAAACUUCGGGGGGCGGCGGCGGCGGCAACUCCACCGCGGCGGCGGCGGGCGGCAACCAGAAGAACAGCCCCGACCGCGUCAAGCGGCCCAUGAACGCCUUCAUGGUGUGGUCCCGCGGGCAGCGGCGCAAGAUGGCCCAGGAGAACCCCAAGAUGCACAACUCGGAGAUCAGCAAGCGCCUGGGUGCGGAGUGGAAACUUUUGUCCGAGACGGAGAAGCGGCCGUUCAUCGACGAGGCCAAGCGGCUGCGAGCGCUGCACAUGAAGGAGCACCCGGAUUAUAAAUACCGGCCCCGGCGGAAAACCAAGACGCUCAUGAAGAAGGAUAAGUACACGCUGCCCGGCGGGCUGCUGGCUCCGGGAGGCAACAGCAUGGCGAGCGGGGUCGGGGUGGGCGCCGGCCUGGGCGCGGGCGUGAACCAACGCAUGGACAGCUACGCGCACAUGAACGGCUGGAGCAACGGCAGCUACAGCAUGAUGCAGGACCAGCUGGGCUACCCGCAGCACCCCGGCCUCAACGCACACGGCGCCGCGCAGAUGCAGCCCAUGCACCGCUACGACGUGAGUGCUCUGCAGUACAACUCCAUGACCAGCUCGCAGACCUACAUGAACGGCUCGCCCACCUACAGCAUGUCCUACUCGCAGCAGGGCACCCCCGGCAUGGCGCUUGGCUCUAUGGGCUCGGUGGUCAAGUCCGAGGCCAGCUCCAGCCCCCCUGUGGUUACCUCUUCCUCUCACUCCAGGGCACCCUGCCAGGCCGGGGACCUCCGGGACAUGAUCAGCAUGUACCUCCCCGGCGCCGAGGUGCCGGAACCCGCCGCCCCCAGCAGACUUCACAUGUCCCAGCACUACCAGAGCGGCCCGGUGCCCGGCACGGCCAUUAACGGCACACUGCCCCUCUCGCACAUGUGAGGAGGGCCGGACUGCGAACUGGAGAGGGGAGAUGUUUUCCAAGAAAAACGAGGGAAAUGGGAGGGGUGCAAAAGAGGAGAAUAAGAAACGGCAUGGAGAAAAACCCGGUACGCUAAAAAAAUAAAAUAGAAAAAGAACAUCCCAUCAUCCACAGCAAAUGACAGCUGCAAAAGAGAACACCAGUCCCAUUCACACUCACGCAAAAACCGCGAUGCCAAGAAAACUUUUAUGAGAGAUCCUGGACUUCUUUUGGGGGGACUAUUUUUGUACAGAGAAAG